UGUAUCGUCCCUGGUUUUUUGUUUCGUUUGCAUUUUGUUCUUUGUUGUUCCGUGCGCGCUAUUCUGUGAUAAAGUGUACUUAACCACUUAGUUAACGUUAUCAAUUAGUAAUGCUUAGGUGGUGGCCUAACUGCAUACCUAUUAACGUAUGCCCAUAACACAAUAUUUGGUUUAACAACCAGCAAUAAACAAAACAUUAUAACAAUAACAACAAUAGAAGCAACAACACAACAGGAGAGCAGCAGCCAGAAGCGAGCAGCGCUGUAGCAGCCGCAGCAGCAGCAGCAGCCAGUGUUUCGCCGGUUGAAGCCACCUAAGAACCAAGCCAGGGGCACGACUGCAUCGAUAGCACCAUGAAGUUCGCCGAGCAUCUGUCGGCGCACAUAACGCCGGAGUGGCGCAAACAGUACAUCAACUAUGAGGAAAUGAAAGCGAUGCUCUAUUUGGCCGUGGAGGAGGCGCCUUCGGUGGACAGCGUGGAGGAUGAGGUGUUGAAGCGUCAUUUUGCCAACUUUGAUGAAAACUUCUUUCACUAUUGCGACAAGGAGCUAAAGAAGAUCAAUACAUUCUACUCAGAAAAGUUGGCAGAGGCGACACGUAAAUUUGCCACACUUAAUGCGGAACUCAAGUCGAGCAUCGAGGAAUCGGAGCGUACUGCCAAAAAGUCAAAGGGUCAGAAACGACACGCGGCAUUGCCCGAUCGCAAGGCGCGAGAAUUGAAAUUGGCCUUCAGUGAAUUCUACUUGAGUCUGAUACUCUUGCAGAACUAUCAGAAUUUGAAUCAUACGGGUUUUCGCAAAAUACUCAAAAAGCAUGAUAAGCUGCUGCGCGUGGACAGUGGAGCAAAGUGGCGGCAAGAGUAUGUGGAGGCAUCACAUUUCUUUAUCAACAAAGAUAUUGACAACAUUAUCAAUGAAACUGAAACGACCGUCACCGGGGAAUUGGAGGGAGGUGAUCGUCAGCGUGCCAUGAAACGAUUGCGUGUCCCACCACUGGGGGAACAGCAGAGUCCAUGGACAACCUUUAAAGUUGGUCUAUUCUCAGGCAGCUUUAUUGUUCUGGGCAUCGUUGUUGUGCUCUCAGCCAUAUUCCAUGAUAUCACCGGCGAGAAUCUAAAGGUCACAUUUCGCUUAUAUCGCGGCCCAUUGCUGAUCAUUGAGUUCAUCUUUCUCAUUGGCGUUAACAUUUAUGGCUGGCGUUCGUCGGGCGUGAAUCAUGUGCUAAUCUUUGAACUGGAUCCGCGAAAUCAUCUAUCGGAACAGCAUCUCAUGGAGCUGGCGGCAAUAUUCGGUGUCGUCUGGACGUUGAGUAUGCUGAGCUUUCUGUAUAGCGCCAGUCUCAGUAUACCGGCAUUCAUAAAUCCAUUGACCCUUACACUGAUUAUGGUCGUGUUUCUGGUCAAUCCGUUUCAUGUGCUCCAUCACGAUGCACGCUUCUGGCUGCUGCGCAUCACGGGACGCUGUCUGGCGGCGCCAUUUUUCCAUGUGGGCUUCGCUGAUUUCUGGCUGGGCGAUCAAUUGAAUUCGUUGGCUACCGCCAUACUCGACUUUGAGUAUCUCAUAUGCUUCUAUUUCACCAAUGGCAACUGGUCAGAGGCAAGAGAUGCGUCCAUUUGCAUGGAAAAGGAUUUUAUAGUGCGUCCCAUUGUUAAUUGCCUACCAGCCUGGUUUCGUUUUGCCCAAUGUCUGCGGCGUUAUCGUGACUCUCGAGAAGCUUUUCCCCAUCUCGUCAAUGCCGGCAAAUAUUCGACAACAUUUCUGGUUGUCAUCUUUGCCACUCUCAAAAGCUUCAACAGUCCCAACUAUGCCAACACAUUUGAUAAUCCCUACACCUGGCUUUGGAUAAUCUCAUCGAUUGUGUCGUCAUGCUAUUCCUACACCUGGGAUAUUAAAAUGGAUUGGGGUCUCUUUGAUAAGAAUGCCGGCGAGAACACAUUCCUCCGCGAGGAGGUCGUGUAUUCUUCCACGGGCUUUUAUUACUUUGCUAUAUUGGAAGAUUUGGCGCUGAGGUUCAUUUGGGCAUUAUCCUUUUAUUUGACUGAAAUGAAAAUUGUGACCGGCGAUAUUAUGACCUCUAUAACAGGCAUACUGGAAGUCUUUCGUCGAUUCGUUUGGAACUUUUUCCGUUUGGAGAACGAGCAUCUAAAUAAUUGUGGUAAAUUCCGUGCCGUGCGCGAUAUUUCAAUAGCACCGCUGGACUCAUCCGAUCAGACAUUGAUAUUGCGUAUGAUGGAUGAAACGGAUGGUGUGAUUAAUCGCUACACAAAAACGAACCGACCCAAGCCAAAGAAGGUCAAGGAUCCCGAGAAGCGCAGCCUGCUGCAUCCGCGCGGUUCCCUACAAGAUCUGAGCAUUGACAUCGAUGGCAGCAAAAAGCUUUAAAGCACUUUAGUUUUUUUUUUUUUGCUCUUUGCCCUCUCAGCGAGCUUCCUAGCAAACGGAUUUCUUUUCUUCACUUUUUCUUGGCACGUCACCAUUAACAUAGUUGUAAUUUUUUUUGUUUGUUUUUAGUUAAUGUUUACAACUAGUUACUAAGUACUUAAAAGCAAGAAAAACUUAUGCAACUCCCAAUUCCUGCAAUAAUUAGACCUUAAGUUUAACUACUAAAUUAGCAUUCCAUUUACGCAUCUAACAAAAAUAGGACCAAUCCCUCCCCCAACUAGAAGCCCCAAAUUCAGAUAAUUAAUACAGCGGCAGUAUUACUUAGAAAGGCGAUUUAUUAUAACUUCCUCCUUCCCAUAGAUAAAGAUUUAUACCUAAACAUACAAGAUCGAAGCAUUGGCAAUACCCUAUAGCACAAAAAACAUUCCUUUUAUAGUUAAACAUUAAUGAGACCUUAAUUAAGCUUUAGUCAAUUAGGUGAAAUGCCUUUAAUUAUUUUGGAAUUUUCUAAAAGGAUAUAUACUACAUAUCCUGUUUGUUUACACAACUGUUCUUUGUAUUUUAUAUAGUUGUGCAGUUUAGUUCAAUUUAUUUAUGUUUUUUCGAGAGUCUUUCUGUUUCUUAGAUAUAUAAAUAGAUUGAAAAUAUUUUUGCGAAAUUUUUUUUUUGAGCCAUUUGCAAAAAAAAAAAAAGGAACAGACUUCAGACGUUUAACGUUAGCAAUGUACCAAGUGUAAAGUUUAGAAAGUGGCCUUGUAUUGUCCCUCUUAAUAUUUUUUGUCUUUUAUCGAACCAAUUGAAAGGUGUACAUACAAUAAUUUUAUACAAAUGUAUAGUAUAUAUCUAUAUAUAUAUAUAUAUAUAAAUAAUAAAACAGAACUGAAGCAAGGACUGUUGUUAAAAACUACAGAACUCUAGGAACGACUCUAUAUAUAGCUAUAUCUUAUGAACAGAAUCGAUUGAUAUGAUUAACAAAACACAAAGACACAAAACACACAAAGCACACAUUCACAUAAACAUAUAUAACAUAUACAUUAACAUAUACAUAUAUUACGAGUAAAUUGUAUUAUCGGGUUACGCCUCGAAGGGAAACCCCGAAACAGAAUUGAAACGAAUUGUACGAAAUAAAUUUACCUAGAAACAUGCAGCAUA